AUGUCGGAGGAUGAGAAAUUGUUGAAGGAGGCGAAGAAAUUGCCAUGGGAAGAUCGUUUGAUGCACAAAAACUGGAAAGUACGGAAUGAUGCAAACAUUGAUUUGGCCGCCGUUUGCGACUCCAUCACGGAUCCCAAGGACAAUCGCCUCCGUGAAUAUGGUCAAUUUUUUAAGAAAACAGUGGCGGAUUCGAAUGCGCCGGUUCAAGAGAAGGCUCUGGAUGCACUCAUUGCAUACUUAAAAGCUGCUGAUGCCGAUGCCGGGAGAUAUGCCAAAGAAGUAUGUGAUGCGAUAGUGGCCAAAUGUUUAACAGGGAGGCCGAAAACAGUGGAGAAGGCGCAAGCAGCUUUUAUGCUGUGGGUAGAGUUGGAGGCUGUUGAGACUUUCUUAGAUGCUAUGGAGAAAGCAAUAAAAAAUAAAGUUGCCAAGGCAGUUGUUCCUGCAAUAGAUGUCAUGUUUCAGGCUUUAAGUGAAUUUGGGUCAAAGAUAGUGCCACCAAAAAGGAUAUUGAAGAUGCUUCCUGAACUUUUUGAUCAUCAAGAUCAGAAUGUUCGUGCUUCUUCCAAAGGACUGACAUUAGAACUUUGUCGUUGGAUUGGAAAGGAUCCUGUCAAAUCAAUAUUAUUUGAAAAGAUGCGAGAUACUAUGAAAAAAGAGUUGGAAGCUGAACUUGUCAAUGUCACGGGGACUGCAAAGCCGAUUCGCAAAAUAAGAUCUGAGCAAGACAAGGAACCAGAACAGGAAGCCGUUUCUGAAGUUGUGCGAACUGGCCCCUCUGAAGAACCUUCUGCUGACAUUCCAGAGGUGAUAGAUGAGUAUGAACUUGUUGAUCCAGUCGAUAUAUUGACACCUCUGGAGAAGUCAGGAUUUUGGGAUGGAGUGAAAGCUUCUAAGUGGUCUGAGCGAAAAGAAGCAGUUUCAGAGUUGACCAAACUUGCUUCUACUAAAAGGAUUGCUCCUGGAGAUUUUACAGAAAUUUGUCGAACAUUGAAGAAGCUUAUUACAGACGUGAACAUUGCUGUAGCAGUUGAAGCAAUCCAAGCAAUUGGAAAUCUUGCCACUGGCCUGAGAACUCAUUUCUCAGGAAAUUCUCGCUUCUUAUUGCCUGUAUUGCUGGAAAAACUUAAAGAGAAGAAACCUACUUCGAUUGAGGCGCUUACUCAAACUCUUCAGGCAAUGCACAAGUCGGGAUGCUUAAAUCUUGCUGACAUUGUUGAAGGAAGACCAGGAAGCUUUGCUGAUUAUAAAAAUUCUUUUGUUGCAGAUGUUAAGACAGCAACAAAAAAUAAGGUUCCUCUUGUAAGGUCAUUGACCUUGAACUGGGUUACCUUUUGUAUUGAGACAAGCAACAAGGCUGUUAUCCUGAAAGUGCACAAGGAAUACGUUCCAAUCUGCAUGGAGUGCCUUAAUGAUGGAACGCCUGAAGUAAGGGAUGCAGCAUUUUCAGCUUUGGCCGCCAUAGCCAAGUUGGUUGGAAUGAGACCUUUGGAGAGGUCGCUGGAGAAACUUGACGAUGUUAGGAAAAAGAAGUUAUCAGAAAUGAUUGAGAGUUCUGGAGGGGGUCAAUCCACUGUUACAAGUACAGUUCAAUCUUCAGGAGGAGUUGUGUCUUCCAAAGAGACUUCAGAUGGAUUACUUGUUAGGAGGUCAGCAGCUAGCAUGCUUAGUGGAAAGAAGACUGUUCAAACAAUUCCUGCUAAUAAGAAAGCAGCAUCUGUGAAAUCUGGCAUCAAUAAGAAAGGUGAUGGAGGCGGACAGUCAAAAAGUUCCAAGGUUGUGGAGCCUGAAGAUAUUGAGCCAGCAGAAAUGAGUCUUGAAGAGAUUGAAAAUAAAUUAGGCUCCCUUAUUCAAGCAGAUACAGUUGCGCAAUUGAAGAGUGCUGUGUGGAAAGAGCGGCUUGAAGCUAUCACGUCAUUUAAAGAGCAGGUGGCAGUGCUGCAAGACCUUAAUCCAUCUGUGGAGAUUUUGAUACGUUUACUUUGUGUGGUUCCUGGCUGGAGUGAGAAAAAUGUUCAGGUCCAGCAACAGGUUAUUGAUGUUAUUACUCACAUAGCUUCAACAGCAUCGAAGUUUCCAAAGAAAUGUGUGGUGCUUUGCCUUUUAGGUAUAAGUGAGAGAGUUGCCGAUAUCAAGACUCGUGCUCAGGCCAUGAAGUGCCUUACUUCUUUUUGUGAAGCUGUGGGCCCAGGUUUAAUUUUUGAGAGACUGUAUAGAAUCAUGAAAGAGCACAAGAAUCCUAAGGUUCUCAGUGAAGGCAUUUUAUGGAUGGUUUCUGCAGUUGAAGAUUUUGGUGUUUCGUAUCUGAAACUGAAGGAUUUAAUUGACUUCUGCAAGGAUAUUGGUUUACAAUCCAGCGCUGCUGCCACUAGAAAUGUUACGAUUAAACUUAUUGGUGUUUUGCACAAAUUUGUUGGCCCAGAUAUUAAGGCAUUCCUCUCAGAUGUUAAGCCUGCUCUUUUAAGUGCCCUUGAUGCAGAGUAUGAAAAAAAUCCAUUUGAGGGUAUAUCUGCAGUUCCAAAGAAGACCGUGAAAAUAUCGGAUUCUGCAUCAUCUUUGGCUGCUGGUGGGUUGGAUGGCCUUCCACGUGAAGAUAUUAGUGAAAAGGUCACACCUUCCUUGUUGAAGGGCCUGGAGUGUUCAGAUUGGAAGAUUCGCUUGGAAUCUAUUGAAACUGUGAAUAAAAUUCUGGAAGAGGCCAACAAACGUAUUCAACCGUCUGGAACUGUGGAGUUGUUUGGGGCUUUAAGAAACCGCCUUCACGACAGCAACAAGAAUCUAAUUAUCGCAACUUUAUCAACUAUUGGUGGUCUUGCAUCUGCAAUGGGUCCGGCAGUUGAGAAGUCAAGCAAGGGUAUUCUGUCAGAUAUCUUGAAAUGUCUUGGUGACAAUAAAAAGCAUAUGAGAGAGUGCACUUUAACUGCUUUAGACUCUUGGCUUGCCACUGUUCAUCUUGAUAAAAUGAUCCCUUAUAUUGCAGCUGCACUAACGGAUGCUAAGCUAGGUGCGGAAGGGCGCCGGGAUCUUUUUGAUUGGUUAUCAAGACAACUUGCUGGGUUGGCAGAUUUUUCUGAUGCUAUAUAUCUUCUAAAACCUUGUGCCUUCGCUAUGACGGAUAAAUCAGCAGAUGUUCGUAAAGCUGCAGAAACUUGCUUUAGUGAAAUUCUGAGGGUUUGUGGGCAGGAAAUGGUGACCAAAAAUUUGAAAGAUAUACAAGGAACUGCUUUAGCUAUUGUUGUUGAACGACUUAAACAACGUGGACCCUUUCAAGAAAAUGUUGAAUUGGGAAGAACAGUUUCAAUGGGUCUCUCUUCCAAAAGCAGCUCAAAGAUUGGAAAACCUAAUGGUCAUGGUGAUCGUGGAUCACGGCAUGGAAGCAGAGUUGCACCAUCAAGAACUAUUCCCGCAAAGGGCUCAAGGCAAGAGAUCGUCACGUCUGUUCAAGAAAUUAACAUACAGUCGCAAGCUUUGUUAAACAUCAAGGAUUCAAAUAAGGAUGAUAGAGAGAGAAUAAUUGUUCGCAGAGUCAAGUUUGAAGAGUUACGCUUGGAACAGAUACAAGAUCUUGAGAAUGACAUUGCGAAGUAUUUUAGAGAAGAUUUGUAUCGAAGGCUGUUAAACACCGACUUCAAGAAGCAAGUUGAUGGGAUUGAGAUUCUGCAGAAGGGUCUUCCAUCUAUUGGAAAGGAAAUAAUUGAAGUUUUAGACAUUCUCUUGAAGUGGUUUGUUUUGAGAUUCUGUGAAUCUAACACAUCAUGCCUAUUAAAGGUGCUGGAAUUUCUUCCUGAGCUUUUUGACAUGUUGAGGAAUGAGGGCUACACUAUGACUGAAGCAGAGGCAUCCAUUUUUCUUCCUUGCGUGAUUGAGAAGUCGGGUCAUAACAUCGAAAAAGUACGAGAAAAAAUGAGGGAAUUGAUGAAGCAAAUAAUUCACACAUAUUCUGCGGCAAAGACUUUUCCCUAUAUUUUAGAGGGUUUGCGUUCAAGAAAUAAUAGAACUCGGAUUGAGUGUGCCGAUCUUGUUGGAUUCUUACUGGAUAAUCAUGUACCUGAGAUAAGUGGCCAAUUAAAAUCCUUGCAAAUCGUCGCUAGCUUAACGGCAGAGCGAGAUGGUGAAACUAGGAAAGCUGCUUUAAAUACUCUGGCUAUUGGAUAUAAGAUUCUUGGUGAUGACAUUUGGAGAUACAUUGGGAAGCUUACGGAGGCACAAAGAAGUAUGUUAGAUGAUAGAUUUAAGUGGAAGGCUCGCGAGAUGGAGAAAAGAAAGGAAGGCCGGCCUGGUGAAGCUAGGGCUGCUUUAAGGCGGUCAGUGAGAGAAAAUGGGUUUGAUACUGCAGAGCAAAGUGGGGAAGUUUCAAAAUCUAUAUCUGGCCCAAUCUUCAAUAGGGAUAAUUAUGGUCAUUCUGAAGAUCAGAUGGAGAGACAUCCUAUGCCAAGACCAUAUUCUGGACCUGUUGGUCCAGCUGACUGGAAUGAAGCUCUUGAUAUUAUAUCACAUGGUUCUCCUGAGCAGUCCGUUGAAGGAAUGAAGGUCGUGUGCCAUGAAUUGGCACAGGCGACCACAGAUCCCGAAAGCAGUGGAAUGAAUGAUAUUGUGAAAGAUGCUGAUAGACUUGUUUCAUGCCUGGCAAAUAAGGUAGCCAAGACAUUUGACUUUAGUCUGACUGGUGCCUCUUCAAGGUCUUGUAAAUAUGUUCUCAACACUCUCAUGCAGACAUUUCAGAACAAGAGACUCGCUCAUGCUGUCAAAGAGAGUACUCUUGAUGGUCUAAUUACGGAACUGUUGCUUUGGCUUUUGGAUGAAAGGGUUCCUCGGAUGGAUGAUGGCUCUCAACUUUUGAGAGCUCUAAAUGUUUUGAUGCUCAAAAUUCUGGAUAAUGCCGACCGGACCUCAUCAUUUGUUGUGCUCAUAAAUCUUUUAAGUCCUGUUGACCCGUCAAGGUGGCCAUCUCCAGCAGUGAAUGAGUCCCUAACCUUGAGAAAUCAGAAAUUUUCAGAUUUGGUAGUCAAAUGUUUAAUCAAACUUACUAAGGUUCUUCAAAAUACUAUAUAUGAUGUUGAUCUUGAUCGUAUCCUUCAAAGUAUCCAUAUAUACCUACAAGAAUUAGGAAUGGAAGAAAUACGAAGGAGAGCGGGAGCUGAUGACAAACCACUUCGCAUGGUGAAAACUGUUCUGCACGAGCUUGUUAAGCUUCGUGGAACUGCCAUAAAGGGUCAUCUUUCCAUGGUCCCUAUAGACAUGCAACCGCAGCCUAUUAUUCUUGCCUACAUUGAUCUUAAUCUUCAGACCUUGGCAGCUGCAAGAAUGUUGACCCCUUCUGGCCCUGCUGGACAAACUCACUGGGGUGAUUCAGCAGCCAAUGGUCCAGCACCUGCAACGCAUUCUGCAGAUGCCCAAUUAAAGCAAGAAUUGGCUGCAAUAUUUAAAAAAAUUGGUGACAAGCAAACUUGCACAAUUGGUCUCUAUGAACUCUAUCGAAUUACACAGUUAUAUCCUCAGGUUGAUAUAUUUGCUCAGCUGCAAAAUGCUAGCGAGGCAUUUAGAACAUACAUUAGAGAUGGUUUAGCACAGAUGGAGAAAAAUGCAGCUGCAGGAAGGACCCCUUCGAGUGUACCUCUGUCGACUCCUCCACCAGUGGCACUCGACCUCUCUCCAAAAUACGGCCCUGUAUCACCUGUGAAUACAAAUGAUUCAAGAAAUCUGAAUGCUAAAGUUGAACCUACAAACUUCAGUUUACCACCAUCUUAUGCCGAAGAAGAUAGGGCUACCAAUACCAUCUCUGCAAGAGGUCCUUUGUCAGAUCAAUCUGGUUUACAGCAGAAUUUGGGGGAACUAAGAAGUGACAGGUUAUUAUCUGGAGUUUCAAGCGGUACAUUAGAUGCUAUUAGGGAAAGGAUGAAGAGCAUCCAAUUAGCAGCAGCUACAGUGAACCCGGAUACUAGAAGUAGGCCUUUGGUACCCAUGAAUGGGAAUGUAACCCACGGACUUCCUGGUCAUCCUUCUGUCACAGAAGGUGUUGGUACCGAGAAUCCUAUGCAUGGUGGGGUCCUUCCCAUGGACGAGAAGGCUCUAUCUGGCCUUCAGGCUCGCAUGGAAAGGUUAAAAACUGGGUCACUCGACCCUCUGUAG